AAGUUUUUAGGUACGUGAAAAUUAUUUUAAAAAACUGCCGUUCAAACCGAAAAGAUCCCAUAUAAGAAGUAAAUCACACGUAAUCUGUUGAUCUUGAAAUAUUUAUCAGAUGUUGUUCAGACAUUAGGAUUUCGUACUUUACAUAUCUAUAUUGAUAUUUCUUAGCUAUGUGUUUCUUAUUUUAGAUUGUCAAUUUAUAUUAGCCUUAUGUUUAGCGAUAUGGAUUGCAUUGAUUAACGUUUCACCUAUAUCCACUUCAUCAAUUAAUGAACGGACUCGCAUCAACUUGGCUCUGUGUCUUACACAAGAGGCCGGAAAAGCUGCAAACGAGACAUUGAACUAUCUUUGUAAAAACAAUGUAUUGUUGCCCACUAUAAACUGCCGUCAAUUUAAUAAAACCAUGUCAAAUAAAUGGAACUCAGCAUUUCCGGAAUUGAUCUUUUAUGCAGAUAAUAUAACUAAAACGUUCACAUUCCAGGCGGCUGUGAUGUCAAUGUAUAAACCAUUCAGAACAUAUUCUAUACUGCUCAAGAAUUAUAAGCAAAGAGAAUAUGAAGUUCUGUGUGCUGAUGCUUUGUGCUUUGAAAAACAUUGUUCUUAUCCAGAGGCGUGUUCUAAUGAAACUACACCAUCAGAUGGUAGGCACUUUUGCUCCCUAAGAAAGGCCAGUGAUUGCUUGACUGAGCUGGUUAAUCAACUGUCGGUACAGAUUACCUCCAGAUAUGGUAAAGUGAAGACACAAAUUCUAAAUGAGGAACUAGAGGUAGAUGAGACACUCCUGAUCCCAAGAUAUACUUCAGAAGUUCAUCGCCAGUUGUAUAUGAUGGCCACAUUGCAAAACCUUGUAUUAGAUUUAAGCACCACUGAAUACAUACUGCAGUUUUUACUUUAGCACAUAUUUUGGCACACACACACACACACACACACACACACACACACACACACACACACACACACACACACCGUAAAAUCCCAUGCUAUUUACGCAUUUCUUUCGCAAAAAUAAAAACAAAGGCAAUGUUUCGGUUGUCGUAGCACACGUUUCCGUCGAUU